GCCUCCGAUCUGGGGCGGUGCCUUAGCGCGGCCGCCGCGGCGGAUCGCGGCGAGCGGCGGGGAGCCAGGACUUCCGGGGAGGGGCGUGCGCUUGUCUGCACCCCUCCCCACCCCUGUACCCAGCCGGGUCGCCCCGGGCUCUGCGGACCAGGUGGGGGCGUCGGGGCGGGGUCGCCGUCUUUUCUCAGGUGCCGCCUCCGAGCUGCCUGAGGCCCCGCCAUGGCCCAGCAGAGAGCGCUGCCGCAGAGCAAGGAGACACUGCUUCAGUCUUAUAACAAGCGGCUCAAGGACGAUGUCAAGUCCAUCAUGGACAACUUCACCGAGAUCAUCAAGACCGCCAAGUCAGGGAGAAAGGCGGGGGAAGGUCCCUCCAGGUGGUUGGAACCGGCUGUCUGGAUCCAGUUGGCAAGCCUGCUGGGCUGCACUGCAAUCGAGGACGAGACACAAGUGUCGAGGGCCACUCAGGGCGAGCAGGACAACUACGAGAUGCACGUUCGAGCUGCCAACAUUGUCCGAGCUGGUGAGUCCCUGAUGAAACUGGUGUCUGACCUCAAGCAGUUCCUCAUCCUCAAUGACUUCCCGUCGGUAAACGAGGCCAUCGACCAGCGCAACCAGCAGCUGCGAGCCCUGCAGGAGGAGUGUGACAGGAAGCUCAUUGCCCUGCGGGACGAGAUCUCCAUCGACCUGUACGAGCUGGAGGAGGAAUAUUACUCGUCCAGCUCAAGUCUUUGCGAAGCUAAUGACCUGCCUCUGUGCGAAGCAUACUGGAGGCUGGACCUCGACACAGACUCUGCUGAUGGCCUCUCGGCCCUUGUGCUGGCGUCCCCGGAGCCCAGCGCUGGCCCCCUGCAGGCUGCGGCCCCGGCCCACUCCCAUGCCGGUGGCCCCGGCGCCGGCCCCACGGAGCACGCCUGAGCCUCCCAGGGCUCCCCUCCCCACACCCCUAGGUUCUUAGGAAGUCUGGUGUCCCUUCCGGGCUCGCCACAGCUUUGCUCCUCUCAGCCUUGCUUCCCCUUGAGAACUUUAGCCCAGGGACAGCUGCCCCCCACCCCCUGCCAGGAGUGUUGGGGAGGAGUAGCUCCCCCAGCCGUUUCCAAGGUGACCCAUCUCCCUCUGAGUGGUCACCUCUGUUCACAACCCUCCUGGCCUGCUGGGCAGAAGGUUCCUGGACAGUCCUGUUGAGGCCCCGGUAGUGGGGCAGGAGGAUGUCCUGCUAUUUAAAAGCUGCAGGAUGGUGCUCAGAGUGGACAAUACUAGCCAAGUCCAGACUCCCCCUCUCAGGCCAGGCCCUCUGUGCAGAGCUACACCCGCUGCCUUGUCCUAAGGGUCCCUGCACUAGCUGACUGUCCCCACAGGGCUGUGGCGGGGAGAGAGAUGCUGCCCGCUCUCGCCGAAGCCAGGAUUGGAACCUUCCUAAUUCUGCCAUAUAUGUUCUGGUAGUUUUGUAAUAAGACAGUUGAAUAAAGACAGCACUGCCCUUUUGCA